AUUAUUUCAAUGUGAAUUAAAUCAGCAGCAAGGAUUCAUCAUGUUAUCGGGCAUAUGGAAAUUCUUUAAACGUCAUCAGCGUAAAUUUAUAGUUGGAAGUGCCAUUUUUAGUGGUAUUAUCCUUGCGACGCGUUAUACCCAAUACAAGAUUCGUGAAUGGCAACAAAAAGAGAUAAGAGCAAUAUUAGAAAGAGCAAAGAAACAACAACACUUUGAACAUUUGGAAAAAACUUGUGACCAGAUAACAACAAGCCUUGCUUUAAAUGUAAGGAACACUAUAAUCAAAGAACUUGAUGGGCAGACUAUUAUAAAUCAACUUAAACAUGGCUCUGCAGAUAAGAUAGCAUUGUGGAAUGAAUUGAAAGUUGUAUCUAUUUCACGGUCAGCUGUAGUAAUUUAUGCUUACACAAUGCUAAUUACAUUUCUUAAAAUUCAAAUCAAUUUAAUCAGUGGAUAUAUGUACCUAAAUCAGACCGUGGACAACACUGAUGGAUAUGAUGUACGAGCAAAGUAUCUACAACUUUCUGCUUAUUUUAUAUACGAAGGUGUACAGAAAUUGUGCAAUCUUAUAAAGAGUAAGGUUGAACAAAUCACAGCCUCAAUAUCCUUGGAUGACAAAUUAACAUUAAGGGAUUUGGAGCAAAUUUAUUGGGCAAUUACAUCAUCUAUAUUUGCUGAUAGUUCAAACGAUCCUAUCAAGAACUUUGUAAGCUAUACGAUGUCGCAACAAGUUAAAAAAGAUACAUCUAUAUAUUCAAAAAUAAUUGAUCAGACGCUAGAUCUGUUAGAGAGUGAUGAAGUCCAAAAUUUAACGCAAAGAAACAUCAGAAGUGGAUUUGUGUCAUUAAUAGAUCACAUAUCUGAAUAUUUUGAUGAUGCUUCCGAAACUAAGAAUGGAAUAUCACAUCCAAGAACAUCAAAUAAAAAUGAUCAUAUUUCGAUGAAUUCAAAGGAUGCUGUAACUAAGGAUAAUGGAACGAGCGAAUUUUUAGAUAUUAAUAAAACCACCAUGCCUAUGGCCAAAAUUAUUCCUAUUGUAAUUGGACAAAUUCCAGAUAAACAAAUAGCAAAAGACGCAUCAGCAGAUUUGCUUGAAUGUCUCAUGACAAAUAACGAGAUCAAAAUGCUCGGGGCAAAUAUUUACGAAGCUUUCAGUUGUAAAACUUAUACUUAAGUUGCGACAAUUACUUCAAAGUUAUAUAAUAGAGUAUAGCAGCACAUCUUUUUAGAACAUGUAGAACGAAAUGUACUUCAUACGCAGUCAGGAAAACAAAAUAAUUCUCAUAAAUAAAAUAUUUUCAUUUAAAG